CUGCACUAGCCGCCAGUAGCAAGCCCAAGCACCCAGAGCACUAUCAUUUGAUAUAGAGCAAUAAUUUUAUAUUACUCGAACCCCGUUAGCGUAGCGGGUUGGUCGUGUUCGUCUUCACAAAAAAAUUAUAUUCGUCUAUCCGUAUCUCGCCGCAAAACAAAAAAAAAAAAAAAAAUACUAAAAGUUAAAAAAAAUCUUACAAUGAACUAAAAAAGAACAUUUACAUCUUUUUUUUUUGUUAUACACGCGGUGUUUUUAUAUUUUUAACUCGAAGUAUCUUUUUUUGUAUAUUUCGAAUCAAUACCAUCGUUUUUGUGUGCGCUUUCGAGUGAUAUUCACCACACAUUCGAAUUUCUGGGGCGCGCAUAGUUAAGUGAAGUCGUUUACGGAAUUGGCAUAGAAAUAAUAAUCAAAAAAAAAUAAAAUCAAGUAUCAGUAGGAAUAUUUAUUUAUUCGUGUGUUUCGGCGCUCGUGACAUUGAUUGUCGAAUCGAAAUCUUUGAAACGUGUGUUUCUAAACAAUUGUGCUUUAUCAGAUAAAUUUACUGCUGCUGCUGCCUCCUGUAAUGUUUAUUUUGAUAAACACUGGCCGAUUGUUUGCUAUUAAAUUGAGCGAACAAAAAACGGAAUCACAUCAUCAGUUAAUAUUGGAUGACACAUUAUUAUUUCUUACAUCGUAAUGCCUUGUAUUCUACUCCAAAGACGUUAAUCAACAGUUAAUUAAAAACUAACUUUAUUUAAGUUAAUAGCAAUUCAACCAAACCAAAAAUACAAAAAAGAAAACCCCUUGAAACCAACAAAAAUUAGAACAAAAAAAUUAAAGAUAUGACAGAAAAUGAACCCCUUAACCAUAAUGGCAGCAUAAAAGCCCAAAUAGUGCCAACAACAAAUCACACAGAAAAUGGUGGAAUUAUCCUCAAUGGACACGCCAAACCAAUCACAAAUGGCAUUCAUCAUAAAAAAUCAUCAAAUCAUACAUCAUCCUUCGAUGGAUCAUCACCUGCCAAUACACCACCUUCGCCACCGCCGCCUGCAUUGCACACACUUACACCGAUUGUUGUUGUUGAGGUUGUGGAGCCACCCGAUGGGGGCGCUCGUGCCUGGCUUGUUAUGAUAAGUGCCUUUUUGUGUAAUGGUGUGAUAUUUGGAAUUAUUAAUACCUACAGUGUAUUACAUUCGUUCCUGCAAGAUAAACUUACAGAACAACAUGAUACUGAAGCGUCUAGUAAAGCAGCCCUUGUGGGUUCCUUGACGAUCGGCACAACAUUCCUUUUAUCUCCCGUUGCCGGCUUAAUGUCUGAUAAAAUCGGUCUAAGAUGGACAACAUUCAUUGGUGGUGUUCUAUCUGUGAGCGGAUUAUUCCUUUCGUCAUUUUAUACACACAAAAUUGAGGCACUCUACUUAACCUAUGGCAUUAUGUUUGGAUUUGGAGCCGCUUUAGCCUACACACCAUCGCUGGCGAUAUUAGGACAUUAUUUCAAACGGUACUUGGGCAAAGUUAGUGGCUUUGUAACGGCUGGUUCGAGUGUAUUCACUGUAAUACUGCCACCCGCUUUGGAUUACCUUGUCAAAAGACAUGGUCUUCAGAUAACACUUCAAGUCAUGGCAUUGAUAUCGUGCUUCAUCAUUGUGUGUUCCUUUGUGUAUAAACCCUUACAUCUUCCACCCGCGCCACCAAAGAAAAAACCAGGACGAUCUGAGUUUAAUUUGUUUAUGCGAUCCAUAGUCAAUGUGGAUAUUUGGAAACGGAAACGUUAUGUCAUUUGGGCAUUGUGUGUCCCGAUGGCUUUGUUUGGUUACUUUGUACCCUAUGUGCAUAUGGUGAAGUUUGUCCAGACAGCUUUUCCCGGAAAGGGUGAGAAUCUGCCGGUCAUGUGUAUUGGCGUUACAUCGGGAUUGGGACGUUUGAUGUUUGGAGCUAUUGCCGAUUUGCCAGGUGUUAAUCGUAUUUACCUUCAACAAUUGUCUUUAGUGUGCAUAGGAGUGGUCACUCUAAUGUUGCCAAUGACUAGUUCCUAUAUCCUACUUAUUGUGUUUACCCUGGUAAUGGGUUUGUUCGAUGGAUGUUUUAUUUCCCUACUCGGACCGAUUGCCUACGAAAUAUGCGGACCUCAAGGGGCCACACAAGCUAUUGGCUUUCUGCUGGGCAUGAGCUCACUGCCACUCACGGUUGGACCUCCAAUUGCUGGAAAAAUAUUCGACAGCACGGGUUCAUAUACAAUUCCACUGAUACUUGCUGGCAUUCCGCCAAUUGUCGGAGGAACUUUAAUGUUCCUCAUUAAAUGUGUUCGAGAUGAUGGUAUUGGCAAAGAUGUGGAAAAGAGUAAACCACUGCCAAAAACUGCAUGGAAUGAUGAGGGUAAAACAAAUGCCCCACUUAUGAAUGGAAACUCAAGUAAUGGAUCUAGAUUGCAGUUGUCGUCAGUGGCAGCUGCAACGCCAAUAGCCAUCAAUAAUAAUGGACAUGUCACACUUGCUACACCAGAAUCGCUGAGUGAUGUUCACAUUACAACCGAUCUUAAAUGAUUUGCAAUGUAAUAUUGUUAUUAAUAACGCGCUAUAUACACAUGAAAUACAAACAAAACAACAAGUUAUAAGCACCCAGAUGUCUCGCAUAAAAUUACAAUUAAAUUAUACUAAUCUGGAUUUAAGCACCUAAAUAUAGUAUAUAAACAAAAAAAAAAUAUAUAUAUAUUAACAAACAAACAAAAAAAAAAAAAACAUAACCUUCAA